AUGAAGGCUUUUCUUCUUAUAACUAUCAGCUAUGUAGUAUAAUGUUGGUGGGAUGUUGGUCAUAUGAUGACUGCAUAGAUAGCCAAGAAUUACUUAAAAGACAAUCGUCCAGAUGUGUUGGCAUGGGCUGAUUCAUUGGUUUAGGAUCUGAAUUCACUCACAGAUGGGAAAUCUAACACAUUUGCAGAGGCUGCAGUGUGGAUGGAUGACAUAAAGGAAACGGGAACAGCAUUUAUGAAUGAUUGGCAUUACACAGAUAGACCCAUAAAUCCUGAUGGUCUAUUGAUAAAAUUGGAUGAUCAACUCAGAAAUAUAAAUUCUAUUUAUGCAAUUAACCAAGCAGUUUCUGUACUCACUAACACCAAAACAGCUAAGAAUAGACACACAAUGUUCAAAGCUCAGAUGAUUAGAGUGCUUCUCCAUGUUAUUGGAGACAUGCAUCAACCAUUACAUGAUACUACUUUCUUUAAUUCAAGUUAUCCAAAUGGAGAUUAAGGUGGAAACUUCAUGAAAGUUUAGUUGGAGAAUGGAACUCUAGUCAAUUUACAUUCCUUUUGGGAUGCAGGUGCAUUUGCCUUUAGUCCCAAUAACUCUUUUUUGGUCAGACCUUUGAGUUAAAGCGAUUCAGAAUAUUUAAAUAAGUGGUCAUUAGAAGUAAUUUCGAAGUAUUAAAUUACGAAAUACAAUAAUAUCGAUAUGACUAAUCCAACUGUUUGGACUUAUGUGGGGUACAGAUAAGCUGUUUAAUUUGUGUAUCCAAUGAUUGCUUCAUCAAAUAACUACAACAAGGACUAUACGUAAUAAGCACAAUAAUUCUGUGAAGAGAAUUUAGCUAUUGGAGGAUAUCGUUUGGCAUAGAAGUUAAUCGAUGUAUUUGAUCAGAUUGUCCUAAACGAAGCCAAGUUAAAAUUUGAAGAUUGAUUUUAAACUACUAUUUUUAUCUCAUUCUAUUUUAUUUA